AUGACUUUGAUAUCCUUUUGCAGGGGUGCCGGCCAAGAAGUAGGAAGGUCAUGCAUUAUUCUGGAGUUUAAAGGAAGAAAAAUAAUGCUUGAUUGUGGUAUCCAUCCAGGACUGGAAGGAAUGGAUGCUCUUCCUUACAUUGAUUUGAUAGAUCCUGCUGAGAUUGAUCUCCUCCUAAUUAGUCAUUUCCAUUUAGAUCACUGUGGGGCUUUACCAUGGUUUUUGCAGAAAACAAGUUUUAAAGGAAGGACAUUUAUGACUCAUGCCACAAAAGCUAUUUACAGGUGGCUUCUUUCAGACUAUGUCAAAGUCAGUAAUAUAUCAGCGGAUGACAUGCUAUAUACAGAAACAGACCUUGAAGAGAGCAUGGACAAAAUUGAGACCAUCAACUUCCAUGAAGUGAAAGAGGUGGCAGGAAUCAAAUUCUGGUGUUACCACGCAGGCCAUGUUCUGGGAGCAGCCAUGUUUAUGAUUGAAAUAGCUGGUGUGAAGCUUCUAUAUACAGGUGAUUUCUCAAGACAGGAAGACAGACAUCUGAUGGCAGCUGAGAUUCCCAAUAUUAAACCCGAUAUUCUUAUAAUUGAAUCCACGUAUGGUACUCAUAUUCAUGAAAAAAGGGAAGAGCGAGAGGCAAGAUUCUGUAAUACCGUUCACGAUAUUGUAAAUAGAGGAGGUAGAGGUCUUAUUCCUGUGUUUGCCCUGGGUCGAGCUCAAGAACUACUUUUAAUUUUAGAUGAAUACUGGCAGAAUCAUCCUGAACUCCAUGACAUUCCUAUAUACUAUGCCUCCUCUUUGGCAAAGAAAUGCAUGGCAGUUUAUCAGACGUAUGUCAAUGCCAUGAAUGACAAAAUUCGCAAGCAAAUUAACAUCAACAAUCCAUUUGUUUUCAAGCAUAUUAGUAAUCUGAAGAGUAUGGAUCAUUUUGAUGAUAUUGGCCCAAGUGUUGUGAUGGCUUCCCCAGGUAUGAUGCAGAGUGGCUUAUCCAGAGAGUUGUUUGAGAGCUGGUGCACAGAUAAGAGAAAUGGAGUAAUUAUAGCAGGGUACUGUGUUGAAGGAACGCUUGCGAAGCACAUAAUGUCUGAACCUGAAGAGAUCACAACGAUGUCAGGGCAAAAACUCCCACUGAAGAUGUCUGUGGAUUACAUUUCUUUCUCUGCUCACACAGAUUAUCAACAAACUAGUGAAUUUAUCCGGGCCCUGAAACCUCCACAUGUGAUUUUAGUUCACGGUGAGCAGAAUGAAAUGGCCAGGUUGAAAGCAGCAUUGAUACGGGAAUAUGAGGAUAAUGAUGAAGUUCAUAUAGAAGUUCAUAAUCCUAGGAAUACUGAAGCUGUGACAUUAAACUUCAGAGGAGAAAAACUUGCCAAGGUGAUGGGAUCUUUAGCAGAUAAGAAGCCAGAGCAAGGACAAAGAAUUUCUGGAAUCUUAGUUAAGAGAAAUUUUAACUAUCACAUCCUUUCUCCAUGUGACCUCUCCAAUUAUACAGACUUGGCGAUGAGUACUGUAACACAGACGCAAGCCAUUCCAUAUACUGGCCCUUUUAAUCUGCUUUAUUAUCAGCUACAAAAACUUACCGGUGAUGUAGAAGAAAUAGAAAUACAACAAAAACCAGCCCUGAAGGUUUUCAAAAACAUUACUGUGAUCCAGGAACCAGGCAUGGUAGUCCUUGAGUGGGUGGCAAAUCCUGCUAAUGACAUGUAUGCAGACACCGUGACAACAGUAAUACUGGAAGUUCAGUCAAAUCCCAAAAUACAGAAAGCUGCAGUACAUAAAAUUUCCAAAAAAGUAGAUAUGGAUGUGUAUAGGAAGAGAAUGGAGAUCAUGCUUCAGGAUAUGUUUGGAGAAGACUGUGUGAGUUCAAAAGAUGGCUCUGUCCUGUGCAUCACAGUUGAUGGAAAGACUGCAAACAUUUCACUGGACACUCGGACAGUUGACUGUGAGCCAGGAAGCGAAGAUGACGAAUCCCUUCGUGAAAUGGUCGAAUUGGCUGCACAGAGGCUUUAUGAGGCCCUCAGCCCAGUUUACUGA